AGGUGGACAGAUGUGUCUCAGCUGACAGAUGUGAGCAGGGACACUGGAACAUCAUGGGAAACCCAGGGGGGGCGGGGAGAGGAGGAGGAGGAGAGUGGCGGAGUCAUUUGAGGAGAAAGUUCACAGUCUGCAGGAGAAAUCCACGCUGAAAGAACGACGCACCAUGGCGGGUAAAGGGCAGAGCCAGCUCCAGCACUCAUGGGAGUUGGACUUGGAGCCGGAGGGGGCCCCGGCUCGGGCGGCCCAAGCGGGGCCGUCCACUUGCUCCUCCAGCCGCUCCUCCUGCCUCUCCUCCAACCGCGUCCAGGUCAUCCACAGCGGACACUUCAUGGUGUCGUCGCCGCACAGCGACUCCGAGCGGCGCAAGAGGGAAAGCGGGGAGUCGCUGAGGUACGACUUCGACACGGUGAACAGGACGUGGUGUCAGACCUACCGCUACGGGCCCCUGAGCUCCGGCAGCCUGAGCAUCGACCCCACUCUGACCCGCCUGUUUGAGUGCAUGUCCCUGGCCUACAGUGGCAAGAUCGUCUCACCGAAGUGGAAGUCUUUUAAGGGUCUGCGGCUGCUGUGGAGGGAUAAAAUUCGUAUUAACAAUGCCAUCUGGAGAGGCUGGUACAUUCAGUACUGGGAGAGGAAGAAGAGCUCAGUGUGUGGCUUCGUCACCCCUCUGGAGGGCUCUGAGGGCGAUGCCCAUCGAAAGCCUCAGACGAUUGUGCUGGAGGGCAGCUACUGGAAGAGAAGGAUUGAGGUGGUGAUCAGGGAGUAUCAUAAGUGGAGGAUUUACUAUAAGAAGAGGCUUGAGAAAAAGAAGGAUGAUAUUCUUUCAAUGCUGCAAGAGGCAACAGCAAUUUGUUUUGUGAGGGGCUUCAAGUCUCCCCGGUCGCCACACGUGAACGUGAACGUGCCGCCAAAAUUAGGUCAGGGACAAAAGCCUGCUGGUCUUGUUGAAACGGGUCAGAUGUGCCAGUCCAAGCUGGAGAAAUGGAACAGUCAGAUGCACCAGGAGCCUGAGGCAGCUCCAGUGGAGGCCCACAUGUUUGACCUGGACUGCCUUCUGUCCGACAUCGCCGACACCCUGUUCACCAUGACGCAAAAGCCGGGCUCCUGGGCCUGCGACCAGCAGGACAAUUACACCAGCAAUGCUGAUAUUAUCCAGCCAGGGCUGAGUCCACUGCAGCCCGACCUGGCUGAAUUCAUGGAUAUGCAAGAUAUCUUUAUGAACUGCACUGACCAGGCCAUGGCGCACACUGGUUUUGCUGACUGCGGUUAUUUCCAGAGCUCCUCCAGCACAGCAUUCGCUCCGGUUCCCUCGCCUGUAGUAACAGCUCCUCAGCUGCUUUUGGACAGCCAGCUCGCCCAGAGUCAAUCUUGUCUCUUCCAGCCCAGUCUGUCUUCUGUCAAUUUGCCUCAGCUGUCCUCAUCCAAUAUCCGUCCAGAACCGACAAGGCCAGGGCAGGACUUCAGCGAAUACCACACGUCCAGCAUGGGAUCACAAGCCAUGUCCUAUGGACACCAGCUGUACCCCAAUGCACCUGCUGCUCUUGCCUUCAACACCUGCACCCAGCAGCCGGCCACUGCAAGUAUUCCUUUUUUGCACCAACCAUCCCAAAAGUUUGGCAUCUACCCGACAACAAGUGUGACGUCCAGUGUCAUCACCCAUACCGCCUCUACCAUUGGGGCCCAGGGCUCUGUGCAGCAGGGUCACGGCUUCACAUACGCACAGACUCCCUGCCACUCUCUCAGUUACCCUGCCAACAUGUCUGACCCGCUCCAGGCGAUGCUGCCCUCUGUCACCCCGGCCCACUACUUCUCCGUCCCGAAGCAGGUCGCCAUCACUGGGGUCAGGGGGAAGCACAAGAAAAAGACCGGGGGAGCGAGGACAGUUAGUCCCUCUAUCGCUCAGUCUGGCUCCCAGUUCAUUGCCCCCAAACCCCCUAGCUGCCUGGCUCAACUGCUCUCCGGCACCCGGGAACGGCAUCCAUUGCUGGUGACAGCCAAAGGUCAGAGGUCAUCAUCUCCCAGCUCCACGCAGUCAAGAGGCAGCGCACAUGUUGGUGGAGCUGCUUCGCAGCUGCCGCAUGGAGCCGGCUGGCCUGCGGGAAUGUACGUGUUGACGCCUAUGCACGACCAGAGCACCACCAUGGGUCACAGCAGUCCUCAACACAGAACCACCAGGGGCCUGGGGGUGUCUACCCUGCUCGCCCACGGCUCUGCACAUACUGGCCCCACCAUGGUCAUUCCCAAGAAUGAGAAACUGUCUCCUGUCCAGAUCUACAGCACAGACAGGAGCAGCCAAUCUGUAAAUUUUUCAGAACAUCCUGGGAGAACAUCAACACCAAACCCUUUAGAGAUGGUCUCCAACCCAGAGUCCCCGCAGCCAGUCCAUGUAAAGAGAGAGUCAAGUAAGCAUUCCGAGACCAGGAGGGUAACUCACAUCUCAGCAGAGCAGAAGAGGCGGUUCAACAUCAAAACGGGAUUUGACACUUUACAUAACCUUGUGACAACACUCAGCUCUCAGCCAAGCAUAAAGAUCAGUAAUGCCACCACACUGCAGAAGACGGGCGAGUACAUCACUAAGAUGCAGCAGGAGAGAACUCAGCUGCAGGAGCAGGCUCAGAAGCUCCGAGAGGAAGUCCAGCUCCUCAACUCUGACAUCAAUGCGUGUCAGAUGCAGCUACCGGCCACCGGCGUGCCCAUCACGCGGCAGCGCUUCGACCACAUGAGGCAGAAGUUCAGAGAGUACGUCCGGAUGCAGACUCUGCAAAACUGGAAGUUCUGGAUCUUCGGUUUCAUCAUCGAGCCGCUGUUCGAGUCCUAUAAUUCAAUGGUGUCCACUGCCAGCGUGGAGGACCACUUUAGAACCACUAUGUCCUGGCUGGACCAGCACUGCUCCCUGCUUGCCCUCAGACCCAUGGUUCUGAAUUCACUCCGCCACUUGAGCACCAGCACUGCCAUCCUGACAGAGCCCAGGCUCCUUCCAGAGCAGGCCACCCUAGCUGUCACCCAGGGUGACCCCCUUGCCCCCCCGGAUGACUCCUUACACCCACCUACUUGGGACGAUGUUCACCUUGACCAUUAAAAAAACACAGUGUACAGGAGACCGGGAGCCAGAGCAGGGCCUAGAAUGUUCAUCCCUGAGACUGUAUGUAAUUAUAUUCCAAUAAAACCCACCAGCUGCAAAAAUAAUGUAUAUUUGGUAUCGGCAUAAAAACUUGUUAUAUGUUUCAAACUAUUUCUCAUCUUCAAUGUAGUUUUACUUUGGCAAAGCAGAAUUUCAUAAGAUGUUCAGUAGAAAGUGACGUCAGUUACUGUGACUGUUGAAUGACUUACAUUUUUGUAAAAUAAAGUUUGUUUACAUCA